AUGUCAAUUGACGCAAACCAAAGCGAAGCAGCGCGUACUGUCGCAUCCACAACUGCUACGAAUUUAGCGGUCGACAAGCAGACAGAAGGUGGGGCAUCCCGCGAUGGAUCUACGCCUCCUGUAAAGCCUUCUGUCUUGGACUCAUCUUUUCCGGUUCUUCUUCCUUAUGAUGAUGCUCUGUUCAUGGAUCAAAACGGCUUCGACGCCUUAGUCAAGGAAUUGGUAGGCCGUAGAGAAGCGCCGCCCCUGAAGAGGCCUGCUGAAGUAGAAAUUCGACAAGAACCAGCAAAGAAGGCGGCAUUCAUCGAAGGUCUCGAGAAGCACUCCGCACACGCCCGAACCGCGCAAGAGCUUGCGGCAGAGAACAAGACCCUUACGGCGAACUCGGACGUUACGCACAUCUCGUCUCAGAACCCGCUGGUAGACUUGUUCUACGACUUGGGUCAGAAUACGCCUUCGAUCCACCUCGAUAGCUUGCUGGACGCUGCCUGGAGCAACGACCCUCUGACAACGCUGAAAAUCGUUUUCAAUGCUCGUAGCAUCCAUCUAGGCAAAAGCAACAAGGUUGCUGCGUACAAAGCACUUGGCUGGUUAGCUACAAACCAUCCUCAUACCUUGCUGACGAAUCUGGUAUGGCUGGUCCGUCCCGUGAUCGAGAAGAAAGUACCAGGCGACAACAGCGAGAAGGAAGUCAAAAAGGCAAAAGGAGACAAUCAAGAUGAGCCCAGCCUGGUCAUACUCGGUGGUCCAAACAAGGAUUCUAAGGAUGAAACCGAAGACUUUGACAUAAUCGACGCUGAGGAGGCUGCUCCCAUCAACGAGACAACGGCUAAAGCGGAAAUAGCGCCCGCCUUUACCAACGAGACCGAAGCCUUGGACCUUCUCAAAGCCCACGACGUUCGUUUUGGUGUUUCACACGGCUACUACAAGGACCUGCUCAAUAUGCUUGUACUUGCUGCGAACGAUCAGCUGACCAUCGCUGGGGAUCCUUCCGCCUUGCUCACGCAAAAGCAAGACAGGUCCAAGGGUUGGAGGAAGAGGGCGCAGUGGGAUGCUGCGCAAGCAAAAGCCAACCGUCGAGUUUGGAGAAAGCAACAGUAUGAGCGUGUGACAGAAAAGCUGCAAACAGAGCCGUUCUAUCGUGCCCUUCAUCUGACCGUGGCGCGUAUAUUUGCCCAGCAGCUGCAGGAAGACCGCAAGGUUCUGGACUCAGACGACAAGUCGCACUUGAAAAAUCUAUCGCUUGCUGCGAAGUGGGCACCUAGCUUCGGCGAGUUUCACGAUAAGCACACUUUUAUCUUGAGCUCCAUAGCCGAGAUACUGGCCCCGAGAAUGACAGACUUUGACUCAAAAGGUAGCGACAGCGCGAGAGAAACUUAUCUUCGCCAUGCUCGUGAGCACUUCCGAAGACAGUACAGCUCGCCGCUCCGUAAAGCACUCGCCGUAGUAGAGAGAGACAUUGCGGCCCAGACGUUCUCCAACAUCAAGUACGAUCGCGUUCCUUCCCUUGCAAUGGAACGCUACAGCGAACUAUUCGCGAAGAAAGAUCAGGAGCACUUCUUCGACUAUGUCAAGAAAGUUGCAAUGGGCAAAGCAAAGAUUUCCGGGGCCACACUGCUCCCUUCCAAGCUUGUCGCAAAAGCUAGGAACCUGCUUACCCAUGCCGACCCCCCUACCACUGCGGCGGCCAUCAAAGCCCACGCUCAAGAGCAGGUGGUCCGCGAAGUCAUCGAUGGGCAGUGGAAGACGCUCGUCCAACGUGUCAAAGAUUCCGGGGCCCUCUCAUCCUCCAUCGCAGUCUGCGACGUAAGCGGCAGUAUGACGUUCCCCCAGCUCGACGACAAAACCACACCCCUGGACUCUGCGAUCGGCCUCUCCCUCCUCGUCUCCGAAGUUACUGCCCCACCCUUCGGUGGCGGCUUUAUCACCUUCUCCGAGACCCCAACAUACGUGUCCGUCGGCGGACCCAGAGAUACCCGCGGCCUCGUCGACAAAGUCCGAUAUAUAAAGAAUUCGACCUGGAGCAUGAAUACCAACUUUGUCGCCGUCUUCGAGGACGUCAUUCUCCCCAUGGCUAUCAGGAACAAUCUCACGCAAGAGGAUAUGGUGAAGCAAGUUUUUGUCUUCUCGGACAUGCAGUUCGACGCCGCCCAGAGCGACUCCGAGCGCUGGACUACGAGCUAUGAAUACAUCAAGAAGCGGUACACCGAAGCCGGCUACGAGGUACCGAAGCUGGUCUUUUGGAAUCUGGCUGAUCGGAGCUCGGUGAAGCCUGUGACGAUGGAGGAUAUGAAUACAGCGCUGGUAUCGGGGUAUUCGCAGGGGAUGCUGAAGGUGUUCUUGGAGGGUGGGAAUUUUGAGGACGAGAUCGAGGUUGUGGAAGAAGACAGGGAUGACGGUGUAGUAGAGGUCAGAAAGGAGAAGAAAGAGGGUCAGUUGGCGUUGGUUAAGAAGGCGGUUAGUCACCCUUCGUAUGGCAUGUUGAAGGUUGCGGACUAG